AUGGACGGGUCCCGGGAGGAGCUAUCGGCCCCAAGCCGCCCGCCUCUGCUCCGCACGACCACUCUCAAUCGGGACCAGCAGGCGUUCGGCGGAGACGCAUCACCAUUCACCACCCAUCCAUCACACUCAUCGAUGUGUUGGUGCAACCCUCUUGACGUAGUGUUAGUCGCCACGCUCACAGCCCAGCCCGUGACCGAUGACCCUACCUAUCCGCCGUCAAAGGGACCCCCGAAUCGGCUCAUCGUCCAUCCCCCGAAGGAGGAGGAGUGGCAGGGAGGCGCAACGACUAAGAAGUGCAGGCAAGGGAGUCACGGAGGGUCAGCCAAGGCUUCCAGAGUGAAUCGACAACGUGCUAGAAGAUGCACGUUUUGGUCUUGUUUAACGCCCGCCGUCAUCUACGGUACGUGGACGGCCUGGCUGCGUGACCCCCAACUUCCGACGCUCGUUGCUGAAGCUGGACCUGCUAAUAUGCCUGUCGCCCUACCUAUGUCAUGCCGGCCGUCGGAGGAAGGUUCAUCAGCCGAAUACAGCCCCCGCCGCCGAUGA